GGCCGCCGCCGGGGCUCCCUCCCAGCUCGCUUGUACCCGUCUCCUCUGCGCUCCGUCAGCCUCCGUGUGCUGGUGCGGGUGCGUGCGCGCCUCCCGGGGACCUUGACCGUGACCGCCGGCACGGACCUCCUCUAGUUAAGUUGCUUUUACAGAAUUAUCAGGUCUCCAAGAAAUAAAAAGAAAAGGUCAUUAUUGCUGUGGUUUGAGCUCAGCAUGGCUGUAGUCAUCCGUUUACUGGGGCUUCCUUUUAUUGCGGGGCCUGUGGAUAUUCGUCACUUCUUCAAGGGAUUGACAAUUCCUGAUGGAGGAGUGCAUAUAAUUGGAGGGAAAAUUGGGGAGGCUUUUAUUAUUUUUGCAACAGAUGAAGAUGCAAGACGUGCCAUAAGUCGUUCAGGAGGGUUGAUCAAGGGUUCGUCUGUAGAGCUUUUUCUUAGUAGCAAAGCAGAAAUGCAGAAGACAAUAGACAUGAAAAGAACUGUUCGCAUAGGAAGAGGGCGACCAGGAUCUGGGGCAUCAGGGGUUGGCAACCAAUCUAAUUUUAUUGAGGCUAUGAAGGAAGAUGAAAGUAAUUCUGAAUAUGGCUCUUCAAUUAACCAAGAUUCUGGGUUUCAUAGUAAUGGUACAGGACUUGAUUUCAGGCUGAGAAAGACAAGGCCAUUGAAAGCAGAGAAUCCUUACUUAUUUCUACGAGGUUUGCCUUACUUAGUGAAUGAAGAUGAUGUACGUGUCUUUUUUUCUGGUUUGUGUGUGGAUGGAAUAAUUUUCUUAAAACAUCAUGAUGGCCGAAAUAAUGGUGAUGCAAUAGUAAAAUUUGCUUCAUGUAUUGAUGCUUCAGGAGGUCUUAAAUGCCAUAGAAAUUUUAUGGGUUCAAGAUUUAUAGAAGUAAUGCAGGGCUCAGAAGAGCAGUGGAUUGAGCUUGGUGGUAAUGCAAUGAAGGAGGAUGAUAUUCCUAUGAGAUCGGAAGGUUGUUCUCCCCCAAGAGGAAUUAAUGAUAGACAUUUUCGAAAAAGGUCUCAUUCAAAAUCUCCAAGAAGAACACGUUCUCGCUCCCCACUUGGAUUUUAUGUUCACUUAAAAAAUCUUUCCUUAAGCAUUAACAAAAGAGAUUUAAGGAAUUUCUUUAGAGAUGCUGAUCUGAGUAAUGAACAAAUUAGGUUUUUAUAUAAAGAUGAAAGAAGGACACGGUAUGCCUUUGUGAUGUUCAGGACUCUGAAAGACUAUAAUAUUGCCCUGAGUUUGCAUAAGACUAUUUUACAAUAUCGUCCAGUUCUAAUUGAUCCAGUUUCUAGAAAACAAAUGUUGAAAUUCAUUGAAUGUUAUGAAAAGAAGAGGCCAGGGUCAAUGGAGAAAGAAAGGCCUGGGCAUGUUUCACAGAAGUAUUGUCAAGAAGGCUACUCUGGUCCGAAGCUGUGUAUAUAUAUAAGAAAUUUUCCAUUUGAUGUUUCAAAACUUGAAGUACAGAAGUUCUUUGCAGACUUUUCUCUUGAUGAGGAUGACAUUUAUUUGCUUUAUGAUAACAAGGGGGUUGGUCUGGGAGAAGCAUUGGUGAAAUUCAAAUCAGAAGAACAAGCCUUGAAAGCUGAACGUUUAAACCGACGAAGAUUCUUAGGGACAGAGGUAUUAUUAAGACUUAUAUCUGAGGCACAAAUGGAAGAGUUUGGUGUAAAUGUUUCUUUGAUGUCCAGUGAGAAAAUGCAAGCCCAUUCACAGUUACGUGACUCAAAAGACCCACUAUUUGGCCCUUCAGAAAAUUUUAGAUAUCAGCUAGAAGACUUGAGGCAAAUGGAUAAUUUCAAGCAUCCUCAGGAAUAUUUCCGACAGCCUGCCAGGUGCCCUCCAGAGGACUUCAGGCACUCCCCAGAGGACUUCAGGCAUUCUCGGGAGGAACACUUCAGGCGACCUCGGGAAGAAGACUUGAGGCACUCUCGAGAGGAAGACUGGAGACAGCCCCUUGAGGAGGAUUGGAGGUGGCCACCAGAGGAGGAUUUCAGGCAGUCUCAUGAAGAGGACUUCAGAGAGCCACUAGAAGAGGACUUCAGGCAUGCCCCUGAGGAGUACUUCAGACGGCCAUCUCAGGAACAUUCUAGGAGGCCAUCCUCAGGGCACUUCAGGAGAUCUCCACCAGAUCAUCUCAGGAGACUACCCCCAGAGCACUUCCGUAGGCCACAGGAGCACUUCAGGAGGCUUUCCCAAGAGCACUUUAGGAGGCCACCCCAGGAGCAUUUCAAGCGCUCCUGGGAGGAAGAUUUCAGGCAUGUGGCAGAUGAAGACUUAAGGCACUUUCCAGAUGAGGACUUCAGGGGCACCCAGGAAGAUUUGAGAUGCCUUUCGGAUGAGGACUUCAGGCAGAUCCCCGAAGAAGACCUCAGGGAAGUUCCAGAGGAGGACCAUAGACUUCCUGACAGUCUUAGAUUUCGUGCUGAGGAUUUUAGGUGCUCUUCUGAUGAUUUUAGAAGUCACCGCCCUUUUGUGACUUUUAGUCGUCCAGAAAGUAGCAAGUUUGAGUUUGGAAAGCGUAAUAUGGGUGGUUUCCCUGAGGGGAGAUUUAUGCCUGAGCCAAAAUUAAAUUGUGGUUCAAGUCGGGUAACUCCUAUUAAGAUAAUGAAUCUUCCAUUUAAAGCUAAUGUUAAUGAAAUCUUGGACUUUUUCCAUGGGUAUAGAAUUAUACCUGAUUCAGUUUCAAUACAGUAUAAUGAGCAAGGAUUACCUACAGGAGAAGCUAUUGUUACUAUGAUCAACUAUAGUGAAGCUAUGGCUGCUAUAAAAGAUCUAAAUGAUAGGCCAGUUGGUCCCCGUAAAGUUAAAUUAGUUUUGCUUUAGAGGACACUUCCAAGUUCAGAGUUUCUUUCCCAGAGUAUUGAUGCAGUAAAAUGCAUUUUAAAAAAUGUUUACUUUUAAUGAAACAGUUUAAUUUUCACCUGUGGAUAGAAAAAAAAUGUAAAUAAUAGAAUGUGAAGCCAGUUUACUUUUGCUUGCAAAUUGCCAUUUUUUCCCCUAAUUUAAAGUUAUAUGUGCUUUUUUCUUUGAUAGGAGAGAGAACUAAUUCUCUGAAUUCUUUAUUUUUGUUGUUAAAAAGCUCAAAAACUUGUAAAAAAAAAAGUUAUGUUUGGGGAAGGUAAAUUUUAUAUUUCCUCUUAUUUAAUUCUAUAGUCAAUAUCUUUUACUGAGACUGUCUAAGAAAUGGUAGGAGAUCGUUGGGGUUUGGCAUUUUGAUUGCUAUCUGCCUGCACAUUUAAUAAUGCCCUCUUAUUUGAGAUGCUGUUGUGUUAGGUCUCCUAUUAAUUAUAAAUAGUUCAAAGUGAACAAACUGUGAAUUUGAAAUUUACUUUGUGUAAAAAGCUUAGGAACUUCUUAAAAGUUACCAUGUUCAUAACUUUGCAAAGUUUUACAAAAAAUAAAAUUGCAACUAAAAUAGUCUAACUUGUAUUUGUAUGACAAACAAAAGAAUAGCAGUUGAAUAAUAAAAGAUUUCUGAACAGCCACAUUAUGUUUAUGAUGAGAGGGACCAAAUGCUCUAUAAUAAUAAUAAAUGGUUUCUUCAACAUCUUAAUUCUUAUAUCUAGUACUGGGGGAAAAUCUUACUAACCUAGUGAUAAGAUUGACAAAAAACGCUCAAAAGACAAUAAAAUAAUGAUUGUAGAUAUAAGGGGACUUGGGCUUCUGCUGGGAAGAUUAUGACAUGGAUAUGGUUUUUCCAGGAAGAAUUUAAUGAUGAGUCAUGCAGUUUGUAUGUUUAGUGUUGGGUUCUUUUUCUUUUUGUUGUUUUUCAAGGUAGGGUCUCUCUCUAGCCCAGGAUGACCUGGAAUUCACUAUGUAGUCUCAGGUGGCCUUGAGCUCAAAGUGAUCCUCCUAUCUCUGCCUCCCAAGUGCUGGGAUUAAAAGCAUGUGCCAUCAUGCCUGGCAAAGUUCUUAUUUUUAACUUAAAAAUUUUGUAUCCAUUCAAAGACUUAAGUAUAAGAUUUUUUGAGAUUGAAUUUUGACUUUUUUGAUACCAUUUUGUGAAGAUAUUUCUUAAAUAUUUCAUUAGAUUUUCUUAUCCGCAAUAAUACAUAUGACUGACAUUUACACACACUUAACUAUGUGCUUGGGCACUAGGUACUUUAUAUGCAUAAUACACUUACCUCUAUUUUCAAGUGAGGUAAUGAAGUAUAGAGAGGUUAACCAAGCUGUCUGAAGUCAGUCAAGUUAGCAAAUUUCAACCCAAACACCAUUGACUGUAGUUCACUUCUCUUAAUAUUUUUGCUACUUCACUUUGGUAUAUGGUAUUUUUAAUUUUAGUAAGUCCAUGCUAUAUGCAUUUCCAGGGUCAAAUAAUGUUUUCAUUUUUUGCUUUAUUAAAAUAGCACUAAAAGUGAUAGAUACAAGCUGGAUAUCUUGCUUUUAAAAUUAAGUACUAUGACUAUUCCAUGUUUAUCAAACAUUGUUAAUAAAGGAGAAAGUAAUGAGUUUUUGUACAUCUAGAGUUUCUCUUGGGAUACAUUUUAUAUUUAUUGGCUUCAAAUUCAAAAUUUUACUUGUGUAUUUGGUAUUGACUUUUUAUAAUAUAUAAGACAAAGUUAAUUUUUCCCACUUCCUUGAUUCCUGUGUUUUCUACUUUGAGUCAAUGAGGAUAAAGUUGAAUUUGGUUAUAUAUCAUUUAGCUACUGCAGAAGUAGAAUGCUUUUCUUCAGGUGUCUUGGGCUAAUUUUCAGUGCUUUAAAGACAUCUAAGAGAAGUCUACAUCAAUUUCUGUGUAUUUUGUAUGAGUGAGAAUUGGCAUGCCCAGGGCCUCCAGCCACUGCAUUUGAACUCCAGAGGCAUGUGCCACCUUGUGUGCUUGGCUUACGUGGAAUCUGGAGAGUUGAACAUGGGUCCUUAGGGCUUCACAGGCAAGCACCUUAACCACUGAUGCCAUCUCUCCAGCCCAGUUUCUGUUUUCAAUAGUGAUUAUCUUUGUUAGAAUAAAUAGGUAAAUUUGGCUGACAAAAGCAUCUCACUGUAGCUUUUUAAACUAAAAAGAAUUUUAUUUAUUUAUUUAUUUUUGGUUUUUCGAGGUAGGGUCUCACUUUAACCCAGGCUGACCUGGAAUUCACGAUGGAGUCUCAGGGUGGCCUUGAACUCAUGGCAAUCCUACCACCUCUGCCUCCCGAGUGCUGGGAUUAAAGGCAUGCACCACCACGCCCGGCUCCUAAAAGCAUUUAUAAAUCCAAUGAUAAAACUUCAGAAUACCUAAGCAGAGCACAACUAACAAAAUGGCAUUCUUUUUUCUGUUUUCAAGAUAGGGUCUCACUCUGGCCCAGACUGACCUGGAACGUACUAUGUAGUCUCAGGGUGGCAAUCCUCCUACCUCUGCCUUCUAAGUGCUGGGAUUAAAGUUGUGUGCCACCACACCCUGCUCAAAAUGGCAUUCUUAAUGGCUUAAAGAUCAUGUAGAUGGUUCAGCUGAUUGAAUCUUGGAAAAAUGGAUAGAAGACUUUUAAAAGCGUUUCUCAGGUGCAUGUGUAUGAUAAAUUAAGAUGAAGCUUAGUCUCUGAAUAUGUGGUUGUUUCUCUCAUCGGUCUGGGGUGUCAUGAUAAGAGACCAACUGGUAGAUACAAGCCAUUCCGUAUUUGUCAGGCUUUGACUUCAUUGUAAAACUUUAAAAAAAUGAUUUUACACAUAUAAUAUAUAAUGUAUUUUGAUCACUUUCAGCUUCCCAUUAUCUUCUCUUGUUCUUCUGCUUGUUGAACCCUUUCUUCCCAUCUAAUCCCCCUUAUACUGUUAUUACUAUUAUUUUUGGUGACCCAGAGUUAGAGUUGCUUGUAUGAGCAUGGGUGAAGGAUUACUUGCCAGAACUUGGACAGUUUACUAGUAGUACACCACUGAAGAAAAUGUCUCCCUAUCCUCCAUCAACCACUGUCAAGUUUCUCAAGGAGGGGUGAGGCCUUGUAAGCCUCAUGAUGUGAUGUUAACAGGCCCUUUCUUGUGCAGGUAAUCACAGGGGGUGUAAGUUCACAAGGGUAACAGCCAUGGCAUGUGUGGAAAAUAACAUUUAGCAGCAGUCCUCCCAUUCUUUGGCUGUUUUUUUUCUGCCUCAUUUGCAAUGUUUCCUGAGCCUUGGAGAUGAUACAGAUCUCUUGUUUAGGGAUAAACACUCAAUAGUUGCUUAUUCUCAGCACUUUAAUGAGUUGUCUUGACAGUAACUGCAAAAAGAAGCUUCUCUGACCGAACAGUGGAGAACAGCACUAUUCUAUGGCCAUAAGCAUGACUAUUUGGAAGACAGUUUGACAGCCAUAGCAUAUACAUUAGGAAAACGUAGCUUCCCAGUAGGGCUUGUGACCUUCAUAGCCACAGACUUGAGGUUUAUAGUACCAGGCCUGAAUUCUGUCUGGAACAGUCAUGCCACUCUCAGACCAAUGAAUACAUCUGGUCUGGCAGAUUUUAUCCUCCAGCAGUUUACACAGCACCUGCUUCCUCCAUGAGAGCUAGCCAGCAGAGAGAAAGCUUUUCAUUAAUUCCAGCUUGAUUUCUUUGUCCUGCAACAAAAGUUAUGUGGUUUAUUCAGAAACAGAUCUUUUCCUGUAGUUCUGGUGUACCACCAAGAACAGUGGCAAUUGUGUUGUUUUGGGGGUCUUGGAUCACUCUGACCAACAAUGUAUGUGUUCCACUCCUGGCAAUAGGAUUUUAAUAACCCAUGGCUUCUAGGAACAAUGCUAUUCACCUAUACUGGAUAUCUGUGUUAAAAUUUUUUAUAAAGUUGCGUUUUUUAAAAUUAGCUUACAAAGUAGAAUUCUAUUUAGGUUUGUCAUACAUCCUUAGUUUUGAUUAACCUUCAUGUCCUGCUUCAAUCCAGUUCCUCUGCCCCUUUACAUUCAUAUCACAUUCCUUACCCUCCCCCCAAAUACCCUCAAUACCUUUCCCACCCUUUCGUGGUCCCUUUCUAGCUUUCUGGCCUGCACCACUAUUCGGGCAUAAACACCACUGUAAGACUUUAUUAAAGAAGACUUCUGCUUAGGAGCCAUUUUUGUGUAUCUCCAAUUCUGCCUUCAGUGAUAUGUUUAUGUAACAAAGUGGCCACAGUAGUAUGUACACCAUGGAUAUUGGUAAAUCUAGCAAAUCAGGGUAUAUUCUCUCAGUGACCAGACUACUCAGCUUGAGUAAUUGACAUAGCCAGUUAUGAUUCUGUUCACUGACAUAUUAGACACACUGAAAGUGCAUUGGUUCUCUAGCAUGACAUCUAAUGUCAUUUUCUCAACAAGCCAGACAUCUAUAAAUUACCUAAAAACAAACAAGCAAGCAAACAAUGAUGUCUAGAACGUAAACAAUCAUGGAAGAUACAUCAAAAACCAUCCUAGAAGUUCACAUCUACCAAUCAUUAAGAGCAGUGGCUUUGAUUCCUACUACUAUCUAGUAAGCAGUGACUUGGCCACUUCUGUCUUUGCAUUACAUAUUAACUUAAUUGGACUGCUUGACAAUUCUGAUAACCCUGAGAAUAUUAUAACUGCUAGUUUGGAGAUAAAAAUGACAAUGCUAAAUAACUUGUUGGGUUGGCUGCCUGUUUUGUUCUUUUUAUACCAGGGAAGCAGAAUGAAUGGGUUUUAUUACUUUUUUUUGGUGGUGCUGGGAAUUAGACACGCAUGCUAGGUUAGCACUACACUGAGAUAUCUUCCUUAGUCUGAGUUUUACACUCAAAUAUGGUUAUAUCUUAACUGGUUACGUAAGUACCCCAUAGUAGCUUUGAUUUUUGCCUCAUGUUUGUGUUUAUGAUUUGAUUCUUUAAGAAUAAAUAUGUCAAACUUCAGUCUGGUCUAAAUAAUAAAACCAAAUGUUACAUUGAUGAGUAUUUUUAAUUCAUUGACAGUAUUCCUUUUUUCUUAGAAAUUUGUUAUUACUUUUUUGACAAGAUCUCAAGGAACCUCUGCUGGUCUCCAACUUGAAUUCCGUGUACCUGAGGAUGAACUUGAACGACGAAUCCUCUUUCCUCUACCUCCCACGUUCUGGGAUCACAGGUGUGCACUACCAUACCUGGUUCUUAUUCAUAGAAUAUUUCUUUGAUGUAGGAACAGCACAUUCCAGAAUUAUUUGUUGAGUGCUUUUAAUUAAGUAGUUUAAACUUUGCAAGUGAGGCAGCUGAUGUUCUAGAGAAGUUAUGAUUUAGUAAGCAGCAGAGAAAGAACCAUAGCUCUUUAUUCCCCUGAGCUACCAAAUUUGAAUACUGAGAAUUGGUAUUUUAUAAUUUUUUAAAUUUGUCUGACUGGGGUUUAUGUACCCAAAUAUAAUUCUUCACCAGAAGAAACAGAAGCAUCAGAAAGGCUUUCACUAAGUAUUUUCUAACUUUAGAAAUGAAAUAUGUACCUGUUUAUUACUAUAAGGUAGCUUGGCAAAAUUAGUUUGUAAUGAUUUGUGGUGCUCCACAAUUGGGUAACAUUCUGACAAAUUACUUGCCUUCCAAGUUGUAGUAAUAUGUAUUAUGUGCUAGUUUGACAGCAGUUUCAAAACUAAAACAACGUUGAAUGUAGUCGUCUUAAACCUAAAGUUUUAGCACUGUAUAUAUUUGUAAAAUUGGUAACAUAGCAGCCACCCUUUGCCAUUAUUCUAUUUAAUUACACUUGUUGAACUUCACUUAUUGAAAACAGUGAAUUUACACAUCAAAUGAUGAAAUAUAAGGUUUAAUAAAAGUAAAAAAUAAACAACUUUUUGCUUAAGGCUUCCUGGAGUAGAAUUUGUAUAUAACCAGACCAUUUCUGGUAUUGGACACUUUUAAGUUAACCUAAAGGAAGCAGAGAAGAAUUGUUACAUCUUUGUUAUCCACUUACUAUCAUGAAUCAUUAGUGUUUUGAAAUACAUAUUUAAAAAAAAAAACUUGUACAAAAGAUCACAUACCCACUCUGAUAGGUAGGAUGUUUAAAUGACUGGUGUGUUAUAUUUUUUAAAGCAUUCAUUUUUUUUUGUCAUCAUAAAUUUCCUUUAAUUUUUAUUUCUUAGUAGUAUUUCAUCUUGAAGUUUAACCUGUCAAGUGAGUAUCAAGUUCUGUAGUUGAGUAAUACUGGAUUUCAAGUCAUUUGCAAUGAAAAUGAAAAUGUGAAGUUUUUUAAAAUUAAGUUUCAUCUUCUGUAAUAUCUAACUCUUCUUCAUCAUCAUCUUCUGCUGGUUGGUCCUUUCUUGGUCGGCAGGUGGAGAUCUGUGAAAAAUAACAAACUUUAAAAAAUAAAAACUAACUUAAAAAUU